GUUGAUAAAGAGGAGGAGAGAGCGGACGAGGAGAAAGAGGAGGUGGAAGAGGAGGAGGAGGAGGAGGAGGAGGAGGAGGAGGAGGAGGAGGAGGAGGAGGAGGAGGAGGAGGAGGAGGAGGAGGAGGAGGAGGAGGAGGAGGAGGAGGAGGAGGAGGAGGAGGAGGAGGAGGAGGAGUAGGAGGAGGAGGAGGAGGAGGAUGUCCUGGGAAGCUUGGUGAGCGGGGGCGACAUGGUGAAAGCAAA